UCUUCUUUUCUUUUUCUUUCUCCAUUGUUGUUCUGAAGCAUCCUUCUCAUUCUUCCUCACCUCUUUCGUCUCUCAAAUGUCCAUUAUUAACCACCCUCACUGUCCCUCCAUGUUCCUCUUCACAAACAAUACUUCUCACAACUUCAACCUUAACCGAGACGAAGAAGAAGAAGAAGCAGAGGAAGAAGAUGAAAGGGAACCCAUGUUUGAAAAACUCUUAACUCCCAGUGAUGUUGGCAAGCUGAACAGGCUUGUUAUCCCCAAACAACAUGCCGAGAAACACUUUCCGCUCGGCGGUGACUCGGCUGAUAACAAAGGGCUGUUGCUGAGCUUCGAGGACGAGUCAGGCAAGUGCUGGCGUUUCCGUUACUCGUACUGGAACAGCAGCCAAAGCUACGUGUUGACCAAAGGGUGGAGCAGAUACGUCAAAGAGAAGCAACUAGGUACUGGUGAUAUUAUUUCAUUCCAAAGACACCGCACCGAUGGUGAUAGGUUGUUUAUAGGCUGGAGGAGGCGCGGUGCAGCGGUGGUGGUUGUAGCGGCAGCUACGAACGAGAGGAACGCCGUGAUGGACGAUAAUAGCGGUGGUAUUAGGGGAUUGGAUCAAGGGCAUCCUUGUCUCGGGCACAUUCAAGUCCUUGGGGCUAAUCUGCCACUGCCAAACCAACCUGACUGUUUCCAUGCAGGAACUAUUGUUGAAAACCGAAAGCAAGGUGGAACAGGCGGGAAGCCAAAGAAACCGGUGCGGCUAUUUGGGGUGAACCUAGAGUGCCACCAGGUGGAAGAGUCCCCACCAUCAACGCCUGCUGGCUCGAUGGUGUGGAGCCAGGGUCCAACCACCCAUGGUUCAUAUAUACUUAAUCCGCUUUUAUAA